AUCGAAGAUAUUCGAACGCAAUUGCCUUAAACAGUAUCUUAUCAGCGUCGUGAUAAAUCUUCGAUGGACGAAAAAUAUAAGUAUAUACUCGAACUGUACGUGUCGGAUAAACGACAGGUAACCAUUCACGCCGCGUCCAGAUCCUCAUCGCGUCUCAUUUCUUACGUAUAUAUUUCACGUUUAUUAUUGAGAAGGACCAGCACUUUACGCACGUUCUUACGUAACAAAGGAUGGUAUGGCGGCGCAGACAGACGGUCGGAUACCGGAUACUUUUCAUUAUUACUGUACCAACUAUGUACUUUUUUUACAUCAAUAUAAUGGGACUGUUUUCUGACAAUACGAGAAAUGUCGGCUAUGCAACGGACUGGCGAGGACGUAGAUUGCUGCAGACGAGCGAGUUCGAGCAACUUGAAAACGACAGUUUCAACUGCACGUCACCAGCGAUCAAAGAGUUCCCACCUGAUGGUCUUACACGACAGCAAAGACAGGCAGGAUUCAUAAUAAUCCACUUCCUCAUCGCUAUUUAUCUGUUUUUAUUACUUGCCAUUAUCUGUGACGACUAUUUCGUUCCCUCUAUUAAGAAAAUUUGCGAGAGUGAGUACAAGAGCGAAUUGUUCGGAAAUAUCCAUCCAUUUUCUUGCAACUUUAAUAUGACCUCACUGCGGCUCCUCUCUCUCUCGUUUCGCUGUGACGAGCGUAAGACGUUUGCAGUUUGGCGUAUUAUGUUAUGCGUUUAUUAUACUACUUUUUUUUUCGUAAACAUGCACGAAUGUAAAAUGAAGAAAUAUCUCACAACAGAGCUCGAUGUCACCGAGGAUGUGGCUGGCGCGACCGUAAUGGCGGCCGCGAGUUCAAGUCCGGAAUUGUUCAUCAACGUCAUCGGCACCUUCGUGACGGAGGGUGACCUGGGGGUUGGCACCAUCGUCGGUUCGGCGGUGUUCAAUAUACUGGCUGUACCCGCAUGCUGCGCGAUAUUUGCUAACGAGAUACUGCACUUGGAGUGGUGGCCCAUAUCGCGCGAUACACUAGCAUAUGCUUUCACAGUUCUUCUCUUAAUCCUGACUCUAUGGGAUGGACGUAUCGAGUGGUACGAGGCACUCAUCCUCGUCAUUUGUUACGUUCUAUAUAUAUUAGCAAUGUGUUUCAAUCGUCGCAUCAAUAAUUUCUUAAAACGAAUAAUUGCUAAGAGAAAAAAAUACAGAAAUAUUUGCGAGCAGAGUCCGCUCCUGCCGAAUCAUCUCGUCAAAGAAACGGAGAUAUCUGGAUUUAGUUUGAGUGACCAGGAUGAAUCAGAUGAUAUCGUCGACAUUAUAACCUGGCCGAGCUCUACAUGCGAGAAGAUAUGGUGGGUUAUUACUUGGCCUAUCAAUGUGGCAUUACUCCUUACUAUUCCCGAUUGUAGAAGAAAAAAGCUAAAAUCUUGGUAUCCCUUGACAUUCAUCAUGUGCGUAACAUGGAUUGGGAUUUCGUCUUAUAUCAUAGGAUGGGUCAUCACUAUUAUUGGCGAUACCUUCAGAAUUCCUGACUCCAUUAUGGGUUUAACAUUCCUGGCGGCAGGAAUGAGUGUACCUGAAGCAGUAUCGAGCGUUAUCGUUGCUAAUCAAGGUUACGGAGCUAUGGGGAUAAGUAAUUCAAUCGGGUCGAAUGUGUUCGAUGUCUUACUGUGUCUCGGACUACCAUGGUUUGUUAAGAGUAUACUAUUACCAAAAGUACCUGGACAGUAUUAUGUUCAGAUUAAUUCUCAAGGGCUAGUCUAUAGCUCAGUAUCUCUCUUCUCAACAUUAAUUAUGCUAUACGGAGCUUUAUUUAUUAACAAAUUCACGUUAAGUCGCACAGUUGGAAUCGCCUGUCUCGUUAUGUAUGCCAUAUUUUUGAUAUUCGCAUCUGUUGUAGAACUAAACACAUUUUUCGUUGUUAAUUUACCAGUAUGUAUCGAUUAGUAAUAAUAUCAGUGUCAUUAACAAGUAGUUAGUAAUGAUAUUUAUACUCGUUGAUAUCUGUAUGUCAUAAAAUGAACUGUUACCUAAUAUGUUUGUAUAAUU